AUGAUCAUCGUCCCAUCUGGAUGUCUGUCUGCAAACGAUGUAUCCCAGGCAUUGUUCCUCCACAAUUCAUUGCGAUCGGGAAGAGAAGGAACAGAAAGAGAUGGAUCAUCGACCGGUGCUCGCGCGCGUGUUGAUGGUGGCGAUGGUGACCAUCGCAGCGGCGCCGCCUCUGAUCCGCAGGAUCGGCUCUCGAGCGAUUUCUACUCCGCCAGCUGCCCCAACGUGGAAUCCAUCGUCACCACCACCAUGAACAGGCUCUCGUCGGAAAACAACGUCGUCCCCAUCGGGAUGCUCCGAUUGCUUCGUGGAGGUGACUCCCGAUCGAUCAAUACAAAUUCGAACUUUUCUUUGAUCGAGCUCUUCUCUUUUGCGCAGGGAUGCGACGCCUCGAUCCUUCUCACAGGCCCGUCAACGGAGAGAGCUGCGAUGGACAACCUGGAUUUCCCCCAGAAUCCUUCGACGCCAUGGACGAGCUCAAGAAAACAAUGGAGGAAUCGUGCCCGAGAGUCGUCUCGUGUGCCGACAUCCUCGAGAUGGGCACCCGCGACGCGGUCACCAAUGUCUCCCAAUUUCCACGAUUUGCACGAUUACUUAAGUUUUGCAGGAGAAUACCUUGCACUCACAGGCUCGAAACUGGACAGCGCUGAUAUGCUAGCUUGUGGCAUCGCUACGCAUUUUGUCCCUUCAAAGGAUGUUCCGGAGCUUGAGAAGACUUUGCUGAAUUUACAACCGGAAAGCUCAAUACAGGAGGCUAUCCAGGGAUUUGCUAAGAUGCCUGAAGCUGAAGCGAGCAGUGUCAUGAAAAGGAUGACUUGGAUAAACAACUGCUUCUCGAAAGACCGAGUUGAAGAGAUAAUCGAGUCUCUGGCCAGUACCAAUGACGAAUGGUGUAAAGAAACUGCGCGGUCACUGAGGCGCCUCUUGCCAAUUGCACUCAAGCAAGCCUUAGCAUCGAUCCGCCAAGGCAGGACUCAGAGCUUGAAGAAAUGCUUGGAAAGAGAGCAGCGGAUUACUCUAAAUUGCUUAAGGAGCCUAGUCUCGGAUGAUCUCUACGAAGGGAUUAGAGCUGUGGUUGUGGAUAAAGAUCGCGCUCCAAAGUGGAAUCCAUCGACUCUUGCAGAAGUCACGGAUGACAUGGUAGAGAUGAUCUUGAACACCUACACUGCCAGGGAGCAAAUUCAAUUGCCUCUGGAAGACGAGGAAAGAUGGAGUGGCAAGUACUCGGCCUCAAACUCCCGCCAUUUUCUUGUUUGA